GAGGGGUGGGCAGCUCCUGGCAUCUUGGAAAAUACAAUGGCAAGUAGAGCAAUAACAGCAGCCGUGGGUCCUCUAUCUCCGGCACAAGCAAUCUGAGUUCCAGUGCCAAAGGCGGCUCGUCAGCCCUGUCUCCACCAAACCAAGAAUUAUCCAUCUGCUAAGGUCAUUCUCUGCUGUCCAUUGGAAGCAGCUUUCUGUAUGAGAGGGCAAUUUGCUUCUAUCCCCCAGCGUGCACGCACUCACACACACAUCACCCAACCUUUUGCACUUGUGCUCUUGUCCCAGUUGUGGUAGGAGACGACGAGGUUAGACAAACAGACAGCGGCUCUCCGGGGACAAGGCCAGCGGCUACUGUGUCUGUGUGGGCUGUGGGUACUCCCCCUGCAUGCCGGCUCGAGAGGCUUGGCCUGGGCUACUCUUCCAGUCUGAGACGGACACUGGAACCAGAAGGGGACUCGAUUCCUCAUCUGGGAGGAAUUAAGGAGAAGCAACAGGAUUCCCUCAAAGAAGGGCCAACAAGGAAGAUGUUGCACAACAGUGCUCACAGGAGGGUCCUUGACAGAAGGGGAGACCCUAUGACUUUGUAGCAGAAAUCAAGGCAUCCUGAGUGGGUGGAGACAGUUCAGUCAGAGAGGACGUGGGGUCCUUGUCCAGGAUGAGUUACAGCACACCCUCUGUACACGAUUUGUACCGCAGCACCACUACCACCUCCGAGCCAGACCCAGGGUCAACCAUGGACAGGGCUCUACCAGAAACUGCUACUGUAAGCCCUGAAACUACCAGCUUUAACAGCACCAAAAUUCCAGACGUGGUCAACAGUGAGCCCGGCCUGAGCACAAUGCUCCUCUCAUUUGGAAUCAUUACUAUGAUUGGGUUGGCUGUAGCAAUGGUUCUCUAUAUCAGGAAGAGGAAGAGGUUAGAGAAGCUGCGGCACCAGCUCAUGCCCAUGUACAAUUUUGACCCCACGGAAGAACAGGACGAGCUGGAACAAGAGCUGCUGGAGCAUGGAAGAGAUGCUGCAUCAUCCCAGGCCACCCAGAGCAAGGUAGUAGUUGCCUUCCACAGUCACAUCACCCUUCUUUCUGCCCAACCCACUCAGAGAUGUGCAGGCCUGUUAUUACUGAGCUUGAUCCUCCUGACGAGCCAGGGAACCAUCCAGAGACCCAGCCGUCUUGUGUUCACAGAUGUCGCUAACGCUAUCAAUGCAUGAACGACACCUGCCCCUGCUUUGGAUCACUCUGAGAUCAGGGAGGAUGGAGCCAACCAGUUACAUACCACAAGCAUGGAUGAGGAUACCAAGCCUACUGACCACCCCAUCAUUUUGUGCUGCGACUGGGGAGCAGUUCUGGGCAUUUACACACUUCAGGCAGCAAAUGCUUGGUGGUGGCUGGCUGCAGCAACUUUUGGUACAUACAUCGCUACCAAAGGGCCCUGAGCUGCCAUGCCCAGAUUUCAGGAGCGAUCCUGGUUAGUGCCAUCUUACCAAGCUGUGCAGGGAUGAAGAUAAACUGUCUUGAAGCUAAAUCGGUCAGAACACAGGACCCUACUGAGUCAUGGUAUCGUGGUGGGAGUGGGAGCACUUGUUUUGAAGGGCUUUCCCAGUGAUUUUUUACCAUAACAUUUCACGAUUUGAGUCCUGUAGUGUAAUCUAAUGGUUUCCACAGGCCUGGGGGUGACUUAAGCCCCCUUGAGCUGGGAGGCAGGGCAGCUGUGCCUGCCUCCUCAGCAGUGCCCAUGAGCACAUGAUGUUAUCCCCGGGGCAAGCUCAUCUGUCUUGCCUCUUGUGCUGCCUAGAUUGUUCAGAAACACACUCACAGGGUAGCACUCAGGGUUUCUGCAGCACGGGUGUUUCACUAGUUUUAAAGGUGAACCAAAGAGCUUUGGAGAAACAAAUUGAUUAAAUAAAUCUAAAGUGAGGAAAUGGUUGAAUGUCCCAGAUCAGUGAUGUAAUAAGAAUGUAGGGACAAGCCACUCAGCUCCUAGAAGCUGGGCCCUCUCAUCUCCCUCUGGCUUAGCUAGGAGUGGCAGUGAUUGGUGACCGGAUACCACAGUGGUAGAAUUAAUAUAAUAAAAAUAAAUGGGCUCGGAUGUACUCCCACCCACUCCUGUGCUUCGGCCAAGGAAGAUGGUUUUUACAGAGUAAAGUUUUAUGAGGGAAGAACACUUAGAGAGAGUGAGUGAAAAUAUAUCAGAGGGGUAGCCGUGUUAGUCUGGAUCUGCAAAAGCAGCAAAGAGUCCUGUGGCACCUUAUAGC